AAUAAAGAAGAUGGAGGCAGACUUGUUUCAGUACCAUGCAGUGAAAGCACAACAGGCAGUGGGCACAAGCUGAUAUCCUGUAGCAUGGCAGGUGAAGAGGACUUCUUUCUGGAAGAAAAAAGAUUCAAGCAGUACUGUGAAGAAUUCAUUAAACAUUCACAGCAGAUAGGAGAUGGUUGGGAGUGGAGAACUAGCAAGGACCUUGGCGAUGGUUAUCUUAGUAAAAUACACUUCCAAGUAAGAAACAGAAACAUUCCACCAGAUCUCAAGGAGAAAAACAAUGAUAAUAUUGAACAAAUGUUUGCACAUGUUGAAGAGUCUUUGGAUGAUUCUCAAGUAGCUGGAGUUUGUGCAACAGAAGAAGUGAUUCGCUAUGAAUAUCACGUCCUGUACUCCAGCAGCUACCAAGUACCAGUGCUUUAUUUUAGGGCAUGCUUUUUAGAUGGAAGACCUUUAACUCUGGAUGAAAUAUGGAAGAGUGUUCAUGCAUGCUACCAGGCUCGUCUGCUGGAGGGGCCCUGGGACACUAUUACGCAGCAGGAGCACCCCUUACUUGGGCAGCCAUUUUUUGUUCUGCACCCCUGCCGCACUAAUGAAUUCAUGUCUUCUCUACUGACCAGCACACGGAAACACAACAGACACACAAAUUACAUUAUAUUGUGGCUCAGUACUGUAGGCCCAGUUGUGGGUCUCAAUCUCCCCCUGAGUUAUGCAAAACUAGCACCUGAGCAGAAUACAAAUGCUGAUUCAGUUGAAAGACCUCUGAGCUGAUGGACAGAUGAUGGGUAGCUGUAGUAAAGCUACUGAAGAGUUUCCUUGGGAUGAAAUCAAACAAAGGAAUCCUUCCUGAUUGGUGAGCAACGCAACGCAGAAAAAUGACUGUUGAUGGCUCUUCCUCUGGCAAGAACUUGGCUGGUUACAGUUGAAGACCUCAAAGUUGGUGGCAGUUGUGCCAACAGCUCUCAAGCAUCACCGAGACCUGAACUCCCUUGCGAUUGCAUUCACCCCUUGAAGUCACUCAUUUCCUGUGGCAACAAAGGGGCACAGACUCUGCCAAGUGGUGAAGCGAAGACGUUUAAUGUUUCGUUUUUACAGCAUAUAUAGUUUCUUUUGAUCAUGCGCUGUGCUCUCUAAACAGAUAGGUUGCAAGUGGAUGUCCACGCACUCUUGGGAGCAACACAACUGGCUACAUUUAAGUGUCCAUGCACCUAAACUACCAAAACCUUUGGUAGUUCCUUUCUACCUUUCUACCUAUGUUAUCUGUUGUAUACCUCGCUAUCUGUUAUUUGCGCUGCCUUGCUAGAUUUCACACCACACAGAUAAUGCCAUAUAAAGACUUUGUUUUACUGUUCCCACAGCUUCCUUCCCACCAGUGCAGGAACAUCUGCUGAAUUCCCACAGAGCCGCUCAUCCCCAGCUUCUCCAUCCUCCACAGUUUCCUACCUCUGUUCUGCUGUGGUGGUGGCCUUAGUAACACUGCACACAAAUGCACAAGCCUAUGGUUCCUUGAUACAGAGGUGAGAUGCUGAGUUUGGAUCUACCUGCAGCCCUGAGGAAAGAGACUUGGGGGUGCUCGUGGACGAGAAGCUGGACAUGAGCAGGCAGUGGGCAGCUGCAGCCCAGAAGGCCAAUCACAUCCUGAGCUGCAUCAAAAGAUGCGU